CGGGUUGCAAGUAAUUGUGUGCAGACAUUGAUUCUUCUCAGAGAUUAGGUUGUUUUUUCACCCAUGCGUUAUAGGCGCAUGACAAUCAAAGAUGAGACGGGAACUGUUAGUGGAAUAAUGUUUGGGUUGUGUGCUGAAAAGUUACUGCUUAUGACAAGCAGGCAAGUCAUGGAAGUAGAAUCACAGGGGAAAAAAGCUUCAUUCCCAUACAUAAACAAGCGUCUUGCUAAGGAAGAGUACAUAGUCCAGUUGAGGUCUUCACUAGACAAUCGGAGUUCAACAAACAACUACCCACGCAAGGCAAGCACAUCUUAUGUCAUAACAUCUUUGCACGAGUCUUCACUACACGUGAUAAGGAUGGAUGAAGCAAAUGAUGCCGAUCACAUUGCACCCAGUGAAAGCACAAGCACUUCAACUCCUCCAGUGAAACGCAUCAAGACAGUGUGAUGCAAACUGCACAACAAUCUCAACCAUUCCACG